AUGACCUCACCUUCACCAGAUCUCAAUCAACGUCCUUUUGACAAGUCCUAUAUCCGUUCUGCACUCUCCAUCAGGCUGAACUCGUGUAGACGCCAUUCUGCCCAUGAUGCCAAGGAAAAUGUCCCGUCCCACUCGCCCCAGUAUGACCCCCUAGCCUGCCCUACAGCUCUGUGCCCUUUUUCCCACAGCCUUCCUCUCGCCAUACUCGUCUUUGCUGUCCACGCGCUGACCUUCGCCGUGGGAUUUCCUGCCAAUGUCUUCACCUUCCUCACCCUCCUCAUCAAAAUCCGAUGUCACCGUCCUCAUCCCCACCUCACCGCUGCCGACCUCCUCCUCCUCAACCUCAUCACUGCCGACCUCCUUGUCCUCCUCUUCCUCCCCUUCAAGAUGGCCGAAGAGGCAGCCUUGAUGGUUUGGCCCUUCCCCACAGCGCUCUGCCCCAUAGCAAACUUCUGCUUCUUCUCCAGCAUCUACCUCAGCACUCUCUUUAUGGCUGCCCUCAGUGUGGAGCGCUACUUUGGGGUCGUGUUCCCGCACCGCUACAACCGGCGCCGGAGGUUAUGGCGGACGAUGGCUGCCAGUGCCAUCCUUUGGGUGAUGGCAUUGUCCCAUUGUUCCAUCAUCUUUGUGGCAGAAUAUCACAGAGAGUUUGGGAUCAAUGGGUCUGUGGCUGAUGGGGAAGGUGGUUUGGGAGUGAAUGUGACCAAGACCAGGGAAUCCGGGAUCCGCAGGAUCUCCAGCCCCAACACCAACUGCAACAUCUCCAGCCUCAAAUCCUCUGCCUGCACAACCCCAAACACACCCCACAUCCCCACCACCACCCCGUGGACUUCCCAGAAUGCCUCUGAGACCCAACCAAGCCUGGGCUACCACUGCUACGAUGACUUCUCUCAAGCCCAGCUGCACUUUGUCCUCCCACUGCGCCUUUCUCUCUUCCUCAUCCUCUUCCUCAUCCCCUUUGCCAUCACCAUGUUCUGCUACAUCGGCCUCAUCCGUGCCCUCCUCACUCGACCCCAAAUCCCGCUGCAGAAGAAGUACCGCACUGUGGGGCUGGCUGUGGUCACCAUGGUCAACUUUGGGGUCUGCUUUGGACCCUUCAACCUCUCGCAUGUGGUGGGCUUUGUGCAGCAGCGCAGCCCUGAGUGGAGGCCCUACGCUCUGCUCCUCACCACCCUCAGCGCUGCGCUCGACCCCUUCAUCUUCUAUUUCUCCUCCAGUGCAGUGCGGAGGGCGGUCAGUGGGAUGGUGGGAGCAAUUCGGGGCACAAUGUGUGGGUUUUGGGGUUGGUGUUGGCAGAGACAAUGAGCCCCAACCUGGAGGAGGUUAUGGGGUAAAUGAGGUUCUUGUGAUUGGAGUGGGCUUAAUGGGGUAGGAGGUCAGAAAUGGGGAUGGGUCCAGAUUCCUUGUGGUCAGCGUGGUCCCACAGACGUGUCCAAUGUUUGUGGGUCAACCAAUUCUUGGUCAGUGUAUCACUGUCCCAUGGGGUUGGGGUCAGCAUGGAAACAUGGUAGAGAUCAGUGGGGUCAAUGAGAUCCCAUCGAUGUGACCAGUGUGGUCAAUGCAGAAUCAUGAGUGUGACUUAAUGUUGUCCCCGAUGUCCAAUGGGGUUGGGAUCAAUGUGGACCAAAGGAUCAAUAUAGACCCAGCGUUGCUUCAUCCCCACUGUCCCCAAUUCCUUCCGUGUCCCCCAUGUCUGCAGUGCUCUCAAUAUCCAGCAAUGUCUGCAGUUCCUCCAAUGUCCCCAGUGUCCCCAGUGCCCUCAGUGCCCUCAGUGCCCCCAGUACUCCCAGUGUCCUGACAGCUGGCAAUAACUUCAGGGCCAUCAGCACUUCAUGGAGAUCCCUCAGCACACGGACCCUCUCUCCAGGGAAGGCGGCUGUUCCCAGAUCAGAGGACAUCUGCGGCCUCAAAGCAGAGUCGCAGCAGCCCACCACCAUCAGGAUGUGCCCUGUACCCUGUAGGGCUGAUCAGAGGUGUUGGAACAAGGCAGAAGUGCUAAUUAAAACCUAUUCAGCAGCCA